AGUGUUUUACCCUUGAGGCAGGGGGCCGCUAGGUGAAGCUUGCUCCUUGGUGUCUCUCUCGCAUUUCUGUAAGCCUUGGCGUGCCGGGGAGCGGUCACUGGCUUUCUGGGCUUUCGCCCCUGGCAGUCUUUGCUUGGCGGAAGCGGGUUUGUACCUGGCUGGCAGCUAAGACAGGCUCUUGGCUUUCUGAUAUAGGCACGGUGUCUGCCAGGCGUGAGCUGCCUUGGGAGCACAACAGAAACGGACAAAAACGAUGUCUGUCAUCGAAACAAGUAGUUUUCCAGGUGAUUUUAGAUCAAUAUCCCCAGCCUCCGGCUGGACGCUAAGGAGGCUCUCGCUAAAGGACUGUGGGCUGCUGGUCCUGAGCUUUUGCAGCGUUGCAGAAUGUGAAAUUUGCUCUAAAGGCAGAUAGCAGAGGGCUAGAUGAGCUACUAGGCUGUCUGCAGCGCUUCUUAGUAGGUAAUAUUUAGGUGUUUGAGAAAACUUUCUGGGAGCUAGCUUAAUCGUGAAACCACUGUCGAAGUCGAACAGUGGCAGCCUUAGCUCAGAACGGCUUUGCGUUGCUAUCAGCCUUGAGUCAGAGCGCGAAAUACCUAUUUCCUCAAGGAGGGGUUCUGGUGACAGGUUUGCGUUUGGGUUUGUUGACAUUUCAACCUGGGGAGGUGAAACUAGCUGAGCUACAGAAACUGGGCGCUACGUGAGCCCAGCUUCCUCUUGUGUUUGUCCCCUUCCUCGGUCCUUCCAACCCUGAUCUUGAGACUGUUGGCAAUGGGUAAUGAAGUAAUUCCUCUAUCAGCCUCCUUUUCACAACCCUCAGUUGCUCCUUUCGUGUAUGGAGUGACAUCUCUUUACAGGCAAGUGGAACAAAUGAUACAUUUUUUUAAAACUAGAUAAUCUCUUGAGCAUGGCAGGCAAAGAUCACAGCUGUUCAGGAUGACUCUUCGCAGCUGGCAGAGAAUCCUCAAGAUCCAGUGUCCCUUUGUGGAUGUAAGUGAGCAAAGUUCGCCUUUCAGGAAGGAAGGGAACGUAUCCUGGGGCGGUCACGAGAAGAAACGCUUUUAUUCACGUGUGAUCCCACUGUGCUGUACUUGGUGGCUUGACUGAAGAAUCAGUUGAAAAACUAGUAGUAACAUCAUUAUUUGGAGGAGAAUAAGCCUGCAAUUAAUCUACACCUAAGUGAAAGGUUACCAUUCACAAAAAAGGAUGAGAAGAAAGUUACUUUCCUGUACCAUAGUAACCCAACACACUGAUAGAAAGCUGCCUUUUCAGUCUCAAGUGGCUGAAAGACUGUAGUUGUCAAGAGUUUUUAUCUUGAUUAAUUGGAGGGACCUGUUGCUGCCUCUCACAUAAGGCUUGUAACAUCACUGAGUGAUGUUACAAUCUUUGCCAGUCCUGUUUAGCACCAUUGCAUAAAGUUAAGCAACACACUAGUUCUCUCUAAUUUUUUUAUUUUUUAAUGCUAGCUGAUUUUCUUUGCAGCUUUUGUUUUGCUCAAGCCACCUCUAAGCAACAUAACUAAAGCUGUGUUACGUUGCAGGUUGUUAAAAUACUACCUUAGCUGUGGAGGCCUCCCUUUCUUGGAGGGUGUCUUGCAGAAACCAUGGAGAAUGAAUUAGACCUGCUAGCAAUAUAUGCAGACUUUCUUGGAUGUGGUCUUUUUUACUGGAUGGAGGCUGAGAAAUUCCAACACUUGUUUGGGAUUUCCGGACACGCAGCAGAAGUAGCUCUGACCAUACCGCAGGACACUUGAGAAAUCUUGAAUGUGUCCAUGGUGUGCACACUGCAGAGGUGAUCUGUUCACGUGCAGUGGACACACAACAUUAUCAGGUUGGGCUGGGUUUGCUCUGCUUGCAAUCAACAACACAUCUGUGAACGUUUGUCUGGAAAAACCUAUCUGGCAAAACAUGGCAAACAUAAUCCUUCAUCAGUUUUUCUUCUGAUGUUGAAGACAUUCAAACUGGAGGUGCUGUGCUCCCCUUUGCUUGCCGCGACUCUUACCAAGCAUGGUGCCAGAUCAUCAACGUAUCCGCACCCCGCUCUUCUUUCCUCUCCUCCAUGGAGAAGACCUUCAACGAAACAAACCUGAGCAUUUCCGCGCCUGCUGGCAGCAGAUGUCGGCUCUACAUCGGCUUGGCUUUGGCAAUAGGUUCCAGUAUCUUUAUUGGUGCCAGCUUCAUCCUGAAGAAGAAGGGCCUGUUGAGACUGGCCACCAAAGGAGUCACCAGAGCAGGACAGGGUGGAUAUUCUUAUUUGAAGGAAUGGCUUUGGUGGGCUGGGUUACUGUCAAUGGGAUUAGGAGAAGCUGCCAACUUUGCUGCCUAUGCCUUUGCGCCUGCAACCUUAGUUACUCCUUUGGGUGCACUGAGCGUUCUUGUAAGUGCUAUACUGUCAUCUUACUUUUUAAAUGAGAAGCUGAAUAUUCACGGAAAGCUGGGCUGUGUACUGAGCAUUUUGGGGUCUACAGGCAUGGUUAUUCACGCCCCCAAGGAGGAGGAGGUCACCUCAUUAGGCGAGAUGGAAAUAAAGCUGCAAGAUCCAGUAUUUGUCGCAUUUGCUGUUGUCAUAACAAUCAUUGCCCUCGUGCUGAUUUUUAUUGUGGCUCCAAGGAGAGGUCAGACAAAUAUAUUGAUCUACAUUUUAAUUUGUUCAGUCAUUGGUGCCUUCUCUGUCUCAUCUGUCAAAGGCCUGGGCAUUGCCAUUAAACAAAUGCUGGAGGAGAAGCCAGUGUAUCGACAUCCAUUGGUUUAUGUUCUGGUGGGAAUCCUAGUGCUCUCGGUCAGCACUCAGAUCAACUAUCUCAACAAAGCGCUGGACGUGUUUAACACGUCUCUAGUGACACCUAUUUAUUACGUGUGCUUCACCACUACAGUGGUAAUGUGCUCCAUCAUCCUGUUCAAGGAGUGGAAAAGCAUGGACCUGGGGGACAUCACUGGCACCUUGAGUGGGUUCUGCACUAUCAUCAUAGGCAUUUUUCUGUUGCACACUUUCAAAAAUGUUAACAUCACCUGGAAUCAGUUGAUGUCCACGGUUGUAAAAGAAUCUUCGUUGCCAUGCCAUGAAUGUGACUCCUGUCAUAGCUUGCUGGAGAACAUGGAAAGCCCAGCUUUGGCACAGGAGGAGGACAAUGUUUUAUACAGUCAAGGAAGCUCUCAAGCAGCUGUUCAUCAGUGAAGUACCAUGAGUUGCAGACUCAGCCUGCCCGUGUCUGUCAGAACACUUUUCCUUUCCACAGUCUUCUGAAAGACCAUCUGUGAAGAGAGUUAAGUGUGGGAUACCCCUCUCUUAGAAAGCUUGGAAAAGUAGCCAGCUGUUGGUAGAAAUGAAUGAAAAGGUUCAAUAAUUAACAUGACAGACAGAAACCUGAUGGAGUUUCAUCAUCAGGCAAUAAAUAGGUUUGUCCAGUUUCUAUACAUAACAUCAUCUGUUGGACGAUUUUAUUUAAAAAAAAUAAAAGCUUUCUAAACUAUAUUUACAAAGUGCAAUUUUUCCAUCAUGAUAGAAGAUAAUGUCCUUGCUAAAGUAACAAGCAGUCUGCUAUUAUCUUAGUAAUGCCCUUGAUAUUUCAGGCUUUCUUUACCUAUUUAUAAUUCAUUGCCAAGCAAACUUGUUGAUAUUCUACCUGAAGGGUAUUCAUUGGAGAUAUAAUAUGAAGAAAAUGCUCUCUAAUCCUUUUAGCUUUCAAUAUCAAAUUUUAUGUAAGAUUUUUUUUGACUUUUGAGUGCCAAUGAACCUUGUAUGGCUGUUGCACGAAAAAGUUAUGAGAUGUGGUUCCCAGUAACCAGUCUCCUUAACUCUUUUUUUCAAUAGCAAAGCUCUAGCUUUUUUUACCAUAGGAAUCCUUCACUCUCCAAAUCCCUGAAUGCACAUGUGCCCUUUUACUUCAAAACCAUGACCAAGUUACAUUUAAAAAAAAAAACAAAAAACCACAGCUGUUUAUAGGCCUGAAAGCAGUUGCCAUUCACUUUUAAAAAUUACUUAAGAUGAAAGAAUAUUUUAUUCAAAGACAGCAAACCAAUACAUGCAAUUAAUAAUUUCCGCUCUCUUCACUUUAUAUUACUCUGAGGCAAAAGAAGGGAAUACAUUUAUUUCAGUGCUUCCUCUUAAUACUGCCAUCUAUACAUCAGAAGCUAGUUAAGCUUUAAAUUUUUCUGUUCUUCCAGAAGGGGACCAGUACUUCUUGAUAGGAAAACAGGCUUGUUACUUUAUAUUUUGUUAUAAAGGCAGAAUUCACUUCCAAACAGUGCUCUAUUUCUAAAAAUCCUAGGUAAAGGAAGGGCAGCAAUGGUUGAGAAACAUCGAAACAUUAUAGUAGGUGUUUUUCUUUGGCAUUUCCUUUUCUGAAAAUGAAUAUUUACUUGUAUUAGAUGUUUUAUCUCUUAAUCUACUAUAUUCCUUGAAGAUUUAUAGCUGUAUGACUGCUUAUUCCUCAGUUGUGGUCACUGAUCUUUAUCUCAUAAAACCUUGCACAAUCCAUGUUUUACUCAUCACCAUCCCCUUUAUUUCCACUUUAUGAGCAAGAAAGUUACUUUGGCAGUCAGAUGUGUGGAUCACAAAUAGCUCAUCAGAAAAGCAGUAUUUCCACACCUUGGGUUUUUAAAUGCGAGUUCAGAACCUUUGUCAGAGGAUUCCAGCAUGUAGGCAAGAAGGCUGGACUGCACUGAUCAAAAAUGAGUUUUAAUCAGCUGAGGCUUAUACGCAAAAAUGGAAUCUCCUUAUAACAAAGGCUGUACAUUCCCUAACUUGCAAAGAGUGUAGUAAAAGUGGACACUUUAGGUGGAUACAGAAUUGUUCUACUAAGUGAGAGCUCAUAAUUGCCUUGCAAGAACAAAAUGGUUGCUACAGAUAUUUCAUGUUGUGCAAAGUUUAAUAUUGAUGCUAAUGUCAUGUAUUUAAUUUUUGAAAGAUGUCCAUGAAACCUUUCUCUUGUUACUUAUAUUCCUCCUAUUUUAAUGAUGUUUUGGAAGCUACUAAAAACUAGACAGUAACACUCAGGAUACUAACUUGAAAUCAUUUCUAAAUUACAAGGACACUUGUUCACAUGCACAAACACACAGACUCUUGUUUUCCUAGGAGGAGGGUAGCUGAAAAAUGUGACAAAGAAGAGUGUGUAGCUCUUGUCCCUUAUACAAGUUAUAUAGGUAAUCUUGCCAACAUAAAGAGAAGGAGAGAAGAUCUCAUUAGGCUAUAGGUGUUCAGGGUAUCACCUGUGAUUACCUAAUUUGGGAAGCACAUUUGACAGUGCAGCAAGUGACGGCAAUGCUAUCACAACAAAAGCAGAUGUUUUCACAAAAAAUGUUCUUGCCUUGUAAAUAUAAUGACAAUGUAACGUAUUCCACUGUAGAAUAUUUUUCAGCUUUCCAAGUGGUGAGACAGAUGGCAGUUCUUUGUUAUUAAAUGCAAGUAUUAAAAACUUUCCAGAAACUGGAGGACGAGGAAAAAUAUAAAUUAUGGUGUCAUAAUUUCAUAGAUAAUAUAAAAAAAUACUUAGUUUUAUUGGUCAAAUCCAGGAUACAAACACUUCAGCGUUAAAGACAGAUUGUAAAAUGACUAAAAAUGGAGUUUACUGUAGAGUAACUCCAAUUUUAUAGUUUACAAAACUUACACUGUUUCUGCAGUGUGAAUUACUCAUAAUUUAUAGAAUAACUGAAGAAGACAAUAUUGAUUGACCCUUAAAAAAAAAAGGGAAAUCAUUUUGCAUAGCUGGUAGCCCCUCUAUUUGCUUAUGUAGUUGUCAGUAUUGUGUGACUGAAUGGGUUAUUGGUAUGAAAGAGUAACCAGUCCAAUUCUUGUGUGGAUACAUGUUGGCUUUUUUACAGGUAUGUAGUAAUGCUUUUUUUGAUAGGGACAUGGGCUUUUUCCGUACGUACUCCUGACAAUCAGUUAACUUAUACUAAGCAAGAAUUUUGUAUUUGCUACUGGACCUGCAUAGCUACUUUUAUAUAAAAAUAACUUAACGUUACUUUCCUUGUAGAUGUUAUUUUCUUGUGAGCAUCAGAAAACCAGAGCUGAAGCCUACUCUCAUAAUGUCCAUAAUGUUAAGAAAUAAAUUAUUGAUUUCUUUUUUUGUAUGCAGUAACAUUUGCCACAAGAGAUGUUAUUUUUGAAAAUGUUUAUAGUUACUAAUUUGGGAUAAUUUUAAUUUUUUUAUGAAAUUAUACCACUAUUUAUCUUAUAAUAAAGUAUUGAUGAAUUGAGUACUAAA